UUGUGUCCGUGCCUGAGGCGUGAGCUCCGGCAGAGGGAGAGAGGGAGGGCCGCCCCAGAGCCAGACGGAGCGUGGCUGCUUCAUUUGUCGCAUCAGCCUGCCCCAAAACAUCCUCCGCUCCUCCGCUCAACAUGCGGCUCUGUCCGCCACCUUCACCGGGAAAAUAACCCUCUUCCUCCCCCUCACCACGGGACCGACACUCCCGCUGUUACCGUGCCCCGGCUCCAUCCGCACGCCGGGCUCUGAGGGGGGCAUCGCGGCUGGGAACACCCCGCUUCGCCCGGUGUGUCGGCUCGGCUAGCGGCGAGAGCUAACCGCGUUUAGCCGGGGAGGAGGCUGAGGAGAGCGGGCAAUACACCUCCAGAGCAGCGCCGUGAAGGAUCUCCCUGCCUCCAUGUGACAGUGUAAAGGUGUCUGAAUUUUUCACUGGCCAUGUAAAUGCACCCUCUCCCAGCCUGAAGAUGGACUGAAAUGCACGGAGGAACGGUCUCAUUGUAUGAAUAGGACGACUGCUUUGUCAGGUUGAGCUCUUGGUCCGUUCUCUCUGCCGUGGCGAGACUCAGCGGGAGAGAUGCCUCCGCGGCCGUCCUCCGGAGAGCUGUGGGGCAUCCACCUCAUGCCCCCCAGGAUCCUGGUGGACUGUCUACUUCCUAACGGUAUGAUCCUGACUCUGGAGUGCCUCCGUGAAGCUACCCUCAUCACCAUCAAACACGAGCUGUUCAAAGAGGCUCGGAAGUACCCUCUGCACCAGCUGCUGCAAGAGGAGACGUCGUACAUCUUUGUGAGCGUGACACAGGAAGCGGAGCGUGAGGAGUUUUACGAUGAAACUCGAAGGCUGUGCGACCUGCGGCUCUUUCAGCCUUUUCUUAAAGUCAUCGAACCAGUCGGCAACAGAGAAGAGAAGAUACUUAACAGGGAAAUUGGUUUUGCCAUUGGGAUGCCUGUGAUCGAGUUCGAGCUGGUGAAGGACUCGGAGGUGCAGGACUUCAGGAGAAACAUCUUAAAUGUUUGUAAAGACUCGGUGGAGCUGAGAGAUGCCAGUGGACCCCACAGCCGCGCUCUGUACGUCUACCCGCCCAACGUAGAAUCGUCCCAGGAGCUGCCCAAGCACAUCUACAGUAAACUCGACAAAGGUCAGAUUAUUGUUGUGAUUUGGGUGAUCGUCUCUCCAAACAACGACAAACAGAAGUACACUCUGAAGAUCAACCAUGACUGUGUUCCCGAGCAGGUUAUAGCAGAGGCCAUCCGUAAGAAAACCCGUAGCAUGCUGCUGUCUCCUGAACAGCUGAAGAUGUGUGUUCAGGAAUAUCAGGGCAAAUACAUCCUCAAAGUGUGCGGCUGCGACGAGUACCUCCUGGAGAAGUACCCCAUCAGCCAGUACAAGUACAUCCGCAGUUGCAUCAUGCUGGGGAGGAUGCCUAACCUGAUGCUGAUGGCGAAGGACAGCCUCUACACUCAGCUGCCCACAGACACCUUCGUCAUGCCCUCAUACUCGCGACGCAUCUCCACGGCAACCUCCUACAUGAACGGAGAGGCCGCGUCCAAGUCUCUGUGGACCAUCAACGGGACCCUGCGCAUACGCGUCCUGUGUGCCACCUACGUCAACGUCAACAUCCGAGACAUCGACAAGAUUUAUGUGAGAACAGGAAUCUAUCAUGGAGGAGAGCAGAUGUGUGACAAUGUCAACACCCAGAGAGUCCCCUGUUCAAACCCCAGGUGGAACGAGUGGCUCACAUACGACAUGUACAUCCCAGACGUACCCCGCGCUGCCCGCCUCUGCCUCUCCAUCUGCUCCGUCAAAGGAAGGAAGGGAGCUAAAGAGGAGCACUGUCCUCUGGCCUGGGGUAAUAUAAACCUGUUUGAUUACACUCACACUCUGGUGGCCAAUAAAAUGGCUCUGAACCUGUGGCCGGUCCCUCAUGGCCUGGAGGAUCUGCUCAACCCCAUCGGAGUCACCGGCUCCAACCCCAACAAGGAAACUCCAUGUUUGGAGUUGGAGUUUGACCACUUCAGCAGCCCCGUGAAAUAUCCAGACAUGAACGCUGUGGAGGACCAUGCAAACUGGACCAUCUCCAGAGAGCUGGGCUUCAACUGUAACCUCUCUGGGCAGAGUAAUCGGGUUGCCAGGGAUCAUGCUCUGACGGACAGCGACAGUGAACAGCUCCGACAGCUCAGCAACAGAGACCCACUGUCUGACAUCACAGAGCAGGAGAAGGACUUCCUCUGGAGACACAGGCACUACUGUAUGAACAUCCCUGAAAUCCUCCCUAAGAUCCUCCUGGCCGUGAAGUGGAACUCCAGAGAUGAAGUCGCUCAGAUGUACUGCCUGUUGAAGGAGUGGCCUUCCAUUCGCCCGGAGCAGGCCAUGGAGCUGCUGGACUGUAACUAUCCCGACCCCAUGGUCCGACACUUUGCUGUGCGGUGUCUGGACAAAUAUCUGACCGACGACAAGCUCUCCCAGUACCUCAUACAACUCGUGCAGGUUCUUAAAUAUGAGCAGUACCUCGACAAUCCUCUGGCCCGUUUCCUGCUCAAAAAGGCUCUGACCAACCAACGGAUCGGCCAUUUCUUCUUCUGGCAUCUCAAGUCAGAAAUGCACAAUAAGACGGUGAGCCAGCGUUUCGGGCUAUUGUUGGAGGCGUACUGCCGCGCCUGUGGGAUGUACCUGAAACACCUGAGCCGACAGGUGGAGGCCAUGGAGAAACUCAUCAACCUCACAGACAUCCUCAAGCAGGAGAAGAAGGACGAGACGCAGAAGGUCCAGAUGCGGUUUCUUGUGGAUCAGAUGAAGAGGCCUGAUUACAUGGAUGCACUACAGAACUUCACCUCCCCCUUGAACCCUGCUCACCAGCUCGGGAACCUCAGGUUGGAUGAAUGUAGGAUCAUGUCAUCAGCGAAAAGGCCUCUGUGGCUGAACUGGGAGAAUCCUGACAUCAUGUCUGAGCUGCUGUUUCAGAACAACGAGAUCAUCUUCAAAAACGGAGACGAUUUGCGCCAGGACAUGUUGACUCUGCAGAUCAUCAAAAUCAUGGAGAACAUUUGGCAGAACCAGGGUCUCGAUUUGCGGAUGCUCCCGUACGGCUGUCUGUCUCUGGGGGACUGUGUGGGGCUCAUCGAGGUGGUGCGUAACUCUCACACCAUCAUGCAGAUCCAGUGUAAGGGAGGCCUGAAGGGGGCGCUGCAGUUCAACUCCAACACGCUGCACCAGUGGCUCAAGGACAAGAACAAGGGCGAGAUGUAUGACAUGGCAGUGGAUCUGUUCACCAGGUCCUGUGCUGGCUACUGUGUAGCUACAUUUAUCCUGGGGAUCGGAGACAGACACAACAGCAACAUCAUGGUCAAGGAUGAUGGACAGCUGUUUCACAUCGACUUUGGGCACUUCCUGGAUCAUAAGAAGAAGAAGUUUGGAUACAAACGUGAGCGCGUGCCCUUCGUCCUGACGCAGGACUUCCUCAUCGUCAUCAGCAAAGGCUCCCAGGAGUGCGCCAAAACCAAAGAGUUCGAGCGUUUUCAGGAGAUGUGUUAUAAGGCGUACCUGGCCAUCCGACAGCAUGCUAACCUGUUCAUUAACCUGUUCUCCAUGAUGCUGGGCUCUGGGAUGCCCGAGCUGCAGUCCUUUGACGACAUCGCCUACAUCAGGAAGACUCUGGCUCUGGAGAAAACUGAGCAGGAAGCGCUGGACUACUUCAUGAAGCAGAUGAACGACGCUCAUCACGGAGGGUGGACCACCAAAAUGGACUGGAUCUUCCACACGAUCCGACAGCACGCACUGAACUGAGCUACAGCGCCCCCAUCUGGGAGUCAUCUCAAUCAGCACCAGACCAUCAACAACACUAUGAACGAGGGGGAGACAAACACUAAACCCUGCACUAAAACAACUGUCCCUCCUUGGAUUUUCUAUGUGUUAGACAGUUUAUUACCUCCAGCCGAUGACGGAGGAAAAGUAGGGGCAGGAGAAUCAGGGUAUGAAUUGUAAGCGGCAAGGAUCAAAACUACGGUGGCUGCCCAAUUCUAAAUAGUUAAAGAUGCACUAUGUAACUUUUCUUACUCGUCGUUUCCAUGGAGAUGUUUUCCUGGAAUCUUCCACAGUAUGCUAUAAAACUUAUUAGGUGUGCAUUUUUAAAUUUUAGGCUAGAAAAAAACAAAAACCUUGUUGAAAACUUUACAAAUUUGACUUGUAAUUCAUCCUGGUGGUGUCGUCUGCGGUUUCCAUGGAGACAGGUAAGCUUAAUGCCGCACCGUGGAAUGUUCUAGCAAAUAUUUUAAGCAGAUACAUCGCCGUGGAGACAAGCAAGUGGCAGAACCUUCUACCAGAAAAGUUUGUUAAUGAAAUCAAAUGAAUAAAAUGGUUAAUUUGAUCAAAUAAAAACAUUAAUGGGUUUAACGUACAGAAACUGGCCAAUAGGAGCGUACGCCCUGUGCUCGCGUGUGAUUGGCCAACGCUUGACCCCAAACUUGACCCUAAACUGGCAAUUUCCAUUAAUUGUUAUUUAAAUUUUCUAUAGCGUGAAUAAUAGAUGUACAAGUAAGAAGGCUAAAGAUGCACUCUGUAACUUUCCCUACCUGUUUGUCUCCAUGGAGAUGAUAUCACUUUGCUUUGAAUGUUCCACAGUAUGCCGUUAAACUCGUCGAUUUGGCAUUUAUUCAGGUACGGCUAUUUUUAAUCGCUAAAAAUACUUUGAAAAACAUGCGUUAGUUAGUGUGAGCAGGGCCACCUCUCCACGGAUCAAACCUGUAACUCGGCCUAUCGGUUUUACCACAAUGGAGAUCGAUAAGUUUAAUGCCGUAUUGUGAACUAUUCAAGGAAAUGUAAUAGAUAUUAUAAUAAUAUCUCUAUGGAUACAAGCAGAUAGCAGACUGUACGACAGAAAAGUUACGCAGUGCAGCUUUAAAACAUUUUAUAUCCGAAUAACACGAGUAUUUAAACAAUUUUGUGUAAAUGUGCCAAUGUUUUAUAGAUUUUAAGCUACUGGUAGGAACUUCUAAACAGGUUGCAACUGCUGCUGCCUUACUGUGACUAAAAGCAAUUUGCACUUUAAACAGGGUAGUACUGAGGAUUAUUAUGUGUUUUUAAUUAACAAGUAUUACCUGUUUUGCUCCAUUUUACAUUUUGACAAUCAUCAAUAUGAGGUAAUAAACUGUCUAAACAAAACAAAAAUCUCACCAACACAAUUUAAAGGGUCUGUAUUACACUGUUUUCUGAUCUGUUAUAAUGUUGUUUCCUCAUCACAAACAGACCUGGAGUUGUUUGAGUUCUUCUCUCAAAUUGAAAACACUCCACCAUAUGGCACCUUGUGAUGUCAUGAUGUGGUAAUACAGGAAGUGCUCCAUUGCGUUUUUAAACUUCGUACACCUUCACUAGAAUAAUUUGGGUGAUUUCAGCCCUGGAAUUGCCAAUCUGCACUGAACCAAAGCUAAAAAAGUAGCAGUUAACUUGAAAACUACCACUACGUGACAUCACAAGGUGGAACACAGCGUUUUAAGCUUUGGAGAUAGCCCAAUUAUCCAAAACACAACUCCUGGUAUGUUUUUGAUGAUGUUUCCGCAUUAUAACAUGGAUAAAACCUCAUAAGAAUCCAUUGGGUGUAAUAUAGACCCUUUAAACAAUUAACUUUGAAGAAAUUGUCCAGCCAAGGAAAUCCUGCUGCUCCGAGGAACAAGAAUCGCUGCUGUUUAUGGAAAAAGUGAUUAAAAAUCACUUGGAAUUAUGACGUUUUUUUUCCAGGAUCAUGAAGUGGCCAUUUUGAACUUUUCCUCUUUACAAAUGUGACAUAAAUCUUUGACUCACGGUGAACAAAAAAAUGACUAAAAAAAACACUGCACUUAAACAAAAUGACGACUUUUGAACAUUAUUUAUGAGAGACUCUUGUUCAUUUUGUAAAUACCAGAUUUUUUAUUUGUGUUUUAACAUUUUUGCAGCUUCUAAAAACAACAUUUACCUUUUUAUUAUUGAUUCAUUUCGAACUGCUGAAACUCCAUUUUAUAUUGUACAGUGUUAUAUUGAACUUAGCUCGUGUGCAGCUCAUCUGACAGUAUGUGAAUCUACUACAGUCAAAGUGCCAUUCUCGUAAUAUGUAGAGAUCAGGAGUUUGUCAUUACAUUUAUUUAAUUUACAUGUUGGUGUAAUAGUAAACCAAUGGAGACUUUAAGGUUUAAACGAUUGGAGUUAGACUUUACUCAAAAGUAGCGCAGCACUUGCCUGGCAAAUCCAAAAUGAUGUCUCUCUGUAUAUGUUUUAUACAGAGGGAUAAGAGUCUAGUCCCCAACACCGUCGAGUCAGAACUAAACAUGAUCGUCCAGUCAGAUUUGUCUAUUUCAGUGAUGUCUGUGUAAUCCCUCAGUCGUCCAGUUGUAGGAGUGAACAAAAUCGCAUUUCUCUCACUUUAGAUCAACAGAAACUAGUGCUUCCCUCAUUAAUUCUGCAGAAACUCACCAUGUUUUUCAGUCUCUUGUGAUAUUUUUCUGUCUUUCUUUGUUCCUUGUAAGCUGCCAUAUUUGUUUUAAUACAGACCGCCCAUGCACGUCCCCGAUUGGCUGAUCCGCCUGUCAAUCACGCCCAUCAGAACUCGGGGAUAUUCACCGGUGACCAGCCUCAUAUCUUCGUAAAGUACUGGAAAAGUGUGAGUUCUGGAUCCCAGGCAAGGACCCCACCAUAUAUCUCAACUGAAACGUAAUCGCAAUUUGAGGUAGAGCCAUUAUCGACUCUCAAAUGCAGCAAAUUUCUGUCAUUUUAUAGAAAAACCCUGUUGUACCUGUAGUUUAGCCCUCUUCAAACACAUUCUGAAAUGCAUGGGAGUCUUGUAUUAGUUUACCAGUUCAGAUUUCAGACUUCUCUCGAAUGUUAACGCCCUUAGAGUUGUUUACGAAGUGAAACAGAAGCCUACGUUUUAAGCAUAUACACCAAACUGCGCAACCCUACUCCUAAGUACACGAUUCGCUUAUUUGUUUACGUCAUAAUUCCACCUCUAAUUCUGCGCGUGUUAAGAUAGCAGCUUUUUAAAACAGUUUUGGCUAAUGUUACGUCUUUGAAGUUGCUGCCUGCUUGCAACAAAGAUGGCGUAUUUUGUCGGUAUCGUUUUAAAGUAUUAAUUACUUUCGAUCCCGAUCUUUAUAGGUUGGUUGGUCGACUACGAUUUUUACCCAUUGCCAAAAAUGACACGAAAACCCCAUGUACAGUUACUAAAUGCUGCAUUCAUCUGCUCUUUGUCACUUUUUGUUUCUUUUUUGGUUUAAUUGUACAUGUUUUUUUUUGUUUUGUUAGAUGGGCAGUAAGUAAACAGUGUGAAAUGGCACUGAAGAGUGAGGAGAGACAUUCAGCAAAUUGCCCUAUAAUAGAAGCAAUGUACCAUCCAUAGACCGUAUAUAUAAGUGGACAUAGCUAACCCGCUAGCCGCCGCUUUCCAAAUAGGACAUUUUGGUCUUAAAAUGUUCGUAUUAACCCGCUCUACGUGAUCCUGAGGUUUUUAUUUCGCAAUUUUAUCCGUAAAUCAAGGUUUAAAAUGUGGCCAGGUGUAAAAUGAAUGGACCAGACACCAGCAACUUCAACUCACGUUAAAAUGGCGGACAAACUGCCCAGGACAACUUAGCACACAAAAGAACCCUGGACAGUGCUAUCUCCCCUUGAAUAAAUCACAAAUGUACAAGAUUGGUCACAAAAUAAUAAAACUUUCUUAAAUAUUCUAAACAAUUACAUUGAACCAUUAAUAAAAUCUGAAUAUCAAUCCUUGGGUCUAUAACUAAAUGAAUAAUCUUAAAAUAGGACACUCAUUACAGCAUUACUUAUCAAUAUUAAAGAUUAUUAUUUGUGCUCAACCCAUUCAAACUCACAUUUUUAAUCCUCACACGCACUGUUUUCUGUCUGGUUCUCAUUGAGGCACUUGGCUGUCUGACGUUGAUGACAUCACGCGUGCGACUUCAAGUGACUACUGCAUUACCCAUAUAGUACAGUGACAUCUAGUGGCUACGCCGAAAAUUGCAACUACUACUUGUUAACUUGGAUUUUGUUUUAUUUGACCCGGCUACAUAAACAUUAAUAACAGACAAAUCAGGCGCCUUCUUUCCCUGAGAUCACUCCCACUAGCGUUAGCAACAGGUUUGAUUGACAGCGUUGCUAAGCUCCUGCUCCCUGUUAAGCCAUCAGUGUGGGCGGGAAGGGGCGUUACCUUCAACAGCCUUGCUCCGGAUUGGCUCUUUGGUUGCUAUGAUACUCGCAGUCGGAUUUCCAAAUACGAAACUCGGCUCCAAAUUCGUCCUUGUAGCUGCUAGCCUCGAUGAGCUUCAUUUGACUGGAGCCGAACGCUGUGAUCCACUUUUUUAUACAGUUUAUGGUACCAUCCCGUUUGAGUUUUUCGGCUUAAACGGGCGUCGCAAUCUGCUUGGAAAGAUCACAUGAUUGCAGCAUUAUCUGUCUCCUGUUUACCUCAUGUUUUUACGUGAAGUUCUAGUCCCUUCCAAUGAGAUGUUAAGCUAUUAAAAUUGCACUAAUUAUUCAAAAAGCAGGAAGGGGAAAAACUAUUAAAAAACAUCAACGUUGACAACUUUUAAAAGGUGCACUAUGGAACACUUUGGGCUCAUGUCCACUGUUUGACGGGAAUGUUCCACAGUAGAGGAUUAAAUCUGUUUAUCUUCAUGGAGACAGGGUUAGAACUGAGGAGAGACAAGCCUGCUGCUUUUUUAAAUGGAUAAAUAAAAUGCCAUAUUGUGGAACUUUCAAGGCAAACCAGUAACAAACGGUUUUCAACAGGUCAAAGUUUACAAGUGUUUGAAAUGUCUAAUGUGCUGAAAUAAUCCAUAAUUAUGUAAAAGGACAAACAGUAGCUUGCACUUGGUGAGGACAAAGGUGCUCUUUAGUUUAUAUGUGGUAAGAAUGUAAUCAACUG